AUGAAGACGUUGAUGUUGGUCCUUGUUGGUCCAAAUGUCCAUGUCACCUUAGUCAACAUCCUCAUGCUGAGACGAACACAAUCAUCUCUCGCACGGUAUUUUCUACGGGCCAGUUCCAUCCAGUCACGCAUCUUCAAGAAGCAUUAUCGUCGGGCACCCUCCCCAAAUACAGCAGAAGUUACCCAAUUGUUGGCAGAACAUGCUUCCUCGCCAACUCGUCCACUCAACCUGUCCGACCUAUUAGCCUUUGGUCGACCAAAUGUGACGCCUGAAUCCGUUCUCGCUUCAGUCUCAUUUGCUCUGGCAGAAAUUCCUCGCAGGUUGGCAACUCGAGUUUGUUCUUUGGAAGCUCUACCUUUCAUAGUUGGGACCAAUCCAUACGUAGCAAAAACACUGGCAGCGUACAAAGAAAGCUUUCUAUGGCUGGCGACCUAUCCGACUCCUAAAACCCUGGAGGAGAACGCAAUGUUCGCCGAGAAACUAGAAGAUCUCGUUGAACGACAUGCGGAUGACAUACCUACGAUGGCCAAGGGAUUUCAGGAGUGCUCUCGAUAUAUGUCUCCCGCACAAAUCAAUGAGUUCUUGAAUGGUGCUAUUCGCAAUCGUAUCUCAGUUCGAUUGAUUGCAGAGCAGCACGUCGCGCUCUCCCGUGCCGUGAACAGCUCCGGCAGCACAAAUCUUGACGUAGUGGAUAGGUAUUGUUCUCCGGCUCGAAUGAUAAACAUGUGUGGUUCAUUUGUCACCGAACUUUGCGAGGCAACGCUUGGUGCCAGUCCCUCAAUUCUACUCGACGGAUUUCCUGAUGCUACAUUCCCAUACGUACCUGUGCAUUUGGAAUACAUCUUUACUGAGAUAUUGAAGAACUCAUUUCGUGCAACGGUCGAACAUUAUUCAAAGAAUGGGGGUCAUAUGAAAGACCUUCCCCCUAUCUUGGUCACUAUGUCUCCUCCGCCCAAACUCCCGGGAAACGGAAACGAUCCUACCUUUUUCUCGAUGCGUAUCCGAGACCAGGGCGGUGGAGUCUCGCCUUCGCAUAUUGAGCAGAUAUUUUCCUAUGCCUUUACGACUGCCGGUCGUAAGGCCGACGGAAAGUCGUUAGAGGAUGACGACGACAGGGGUGGACCCUAUGCAGCCCAAUACGUCGGGGGAAGCGCUGUCAUCGGAGACGGAGGCAUGGGUGAAGGAAACCUGUUUGGUGAAAUAACUGGGAAAGGUCUACAAACUGGCCUUGGUACCAUUGCUGGACUUGGAUACGGCCUACCGAUGAGUCGAUUAUACGCAAAAUAUUUUGGAGGGUCCUUGGAGCUGAUGUCUUUGGAAGGCUUGGGAACGGACGUCUACCUGAAGCUCCGAUGCUUGGAUGAAGCGGUCGACUCUACUAUUUGA